CUGAGUCACUCCGCCGCAUAUAAUCCAGUCAUGCGUGAUUUUUGCACUGAGCAGUCGUAUUUUUAGAAAGAAAUAAUAAUUUGUGAUGUUUAGUGCGUUUUUGGAUUGCAGGUUUAGGAGUCAUUUUAAAAGAUGGCGCAUUUCAUUCCGGUACAAUUAUCAGGAAACAAUCUGGGAGAGCGGCAUCUUCAUCUAAAUUCAUUGGUCAAGAAUGCUUUCCAAACAUCAGUGUCAUUUGAGUCCAUACAAGACCUUCCUGAAGCCUCACUUGUGGACAGACUAUUCAAGAUCGCUAUAGCUUCAAAGCAAAGAAACAUUGAUUACAUAAUCAAAAAUCUAAAAGAUCCCGACAUGUUAUUUGUUUCAAAAGCUUUAAAAUGCACAUGGAUAUUGGACCCUGAAUACAAAGAUAAAAUAAAUGCGAACUAUUUGGAGAAUGAGCUGUUUCCACAAAUGACGUCAACUGCCGUUCAUAAAAUGCAGCAUUGGAUACAACAACACUUACGUGAUCCGGACAGAUGCAAAGAUUUUUACACGUAUUACAAGGAAAAACAGUUUAAAAUAGCAAUCAAAUUUCUUUGGCAUUGCUCCAAUAAGUAUAUACUCGAAGAGUUUAAAAAUAUCAUAGACAAAACAGAUGCACGUAAUUUGAAAGUACUUAGUGAAAGAUGCCCACAAUUAAUUGGAAUAUUUUACGAAAAUUUUGAACAAAACCAAAAUUUCUUAAAACAUUACCUUGACGAUGAGCAGUCAUUCUUUUCUAAUCUUAAAUAUAUCUUGAAAUCAGACCCUGAAACAUUUUUCUAUGUUGUAGAAAAAUACUUCAAUGUUCAGAAGUUUAACAAUUUUGGGCCGGACCUUACAAAGCACAUAAUGGUUCAUCACAGACAUAGAUUCUUUUCUAAAUCGGAAUUGUACACAGCGUGGUUACUAGACAUUCAUACUAUAGCCAAGUAUUUGAGCCCUAAGGAAGUAAAAGAAGUUGUUCUAAAAUUAGCAAGAGCGGAUUUCUUGGGAAACUGGUUUACUUAUCAAAAUGUAGAACCUUUGAUCAAAAGGCUGGACAAAAAUGAAAGAGUGGCGUUUAAAAACCUUGUGUUUGUUGAUAAAACUAUUGGAGAAAAACUUAAAGAGUGGCCGUAUACCCCUCCUAAUUCACCAGUUAUGAAAGAAAUUAAUGGCUACAGCCUUUUUAAGGACAAAAUGUAUUCAUAUACAAAGAAGAAAGUCACAAAACGACUAAUUAAAAAAAAGAAAGGAAAACUAUGUGAAAAUAUUAAGAUUUGUGCACGCCGAACGCUACUAGAUGAAUUAUUCGAUCAUUUUCGUUUUAUGGGUUUCGAAGCAACUUUGUCCGAACUUCGUAAACGUCUUAAAGCGGAGAGUAAUCUCCAAAACCGUGAGUUCAUGAUGCUAGUGCUAGUCAGCAAGUCUGGUGGGAACGAAAAUAGUCUUCGAACCUUGUUUGGGCUACUAUCACAGUAUAGAAAUGAGCCUGUGCACUUUCGAGCAGCUAUUAUCCGAAGUCUUGUUAAACGUGCCUUUGUCUGGCGUUUACCUGAUGAUCUUUGGGAUAACCUGCUGCAAUGGGCACACGGUAUGGGUUUGGAUGGAAACCCCUCAGAAAUUAAUUGCACUGAAGGGUUGCACGCGGUUAUCUUGCGAAAUCUUCUCAGCGAUCGUGAAUUCGAUCCAGUUGCUACAAGAUUAUUCUUUGAUAACUUUACAUACUUUACUGAGUAUUCAUUAAGUACUGUAGAACGCAGGUUACUUAGAGCUCGUCUACCUAAGUUACUACUCGACUCAGCUAUUUCAAAAACGGGAUCUGGAAAACAGUCGAUUUUAGAGCAAUUAUUAAUUAUACUUGAUGCGUAUCAUAUUCCUUAUAACAAGUUUUCUGGUGUUAUAGAAACUAUAGCAACAGCUGUCCAAGAAGAUCGAGAUUCUUCUGAAUACCUACUCACCCGUUUGUACAAUGCCCGCGUGGCUCGUAAACAAUUCUUCAAGGAGAAUUUUCAUUUCAUUCAUGGUAAUGCAUCAUACACGAACGCCUUACGACAUGAUAUAUCAGUAAUUCAUGUUAAUAAUAGUGAUAGGCUACUAGAAGAUGACGAAAUGGAAAUAUUUUCUGGUUAUACGAUUUUUUAAGAAAAUUACUGAUAUAUUUUGCUGAACCUGGAGGACUAGCAGAACAGUUUCAUGAUUUUUUUAAACGCUUAGCUGAAACAAGGCCACAUGCCUGCCUCGCAAAGCCUUUGAGUCUGUUCCUUGGACGAGAUUUCAUUAAGGUACUCAAAACUUUAGAUACUGCCCCAGAAAAAUCAGCAGAAAGACGUUUAGCGGCUGCAUUAAGAGCAAACGCUCAUAACACCAGACCAAGAGUUGAUUUAAGAGACAUCGGUUGGCGACCAGCAGCAGCAAAAGCAAUAGCUAACUUAGUUUAUAGUAGUCCUCGAAACCAGCUAAACGAUAUGGUCAAGGAACUUUUAACAUGGGGACGUACUAUUCGAUUGGCACUAUGUUUGACAGAUGAUGAUGAUAUUAAAAUCUCUGCAUAUAAAGCAUUGGUAGAGUUAAGGCCAGGCGUAGCUCUUAAAAUGUUUUUACGUUAUUUAAAAGUUGUAAAAUUUGACAAUGAACUUUUUGAGAUCUGGAAUACUGUAAAAUCUCUUAUUACUAAACUGGAUCUUACUAAGCGUCCCAGACUUUGUGACAAUCUCAAAAAUAUUAAAUUUGUGCCAUCCUCAAUUAAAUCCGAAUAUUGUGUUCUUGUAUACCAAGCUUUUAGAAAACUAGAUGAUGAUGAAAGUCCUUUGCAUAACAAGCUAUCACUAAAUGUACUUUUCGAUAUAGAAAAUAUAUGUUACGAUGUAAAUGAAUCAUUUUUCUGUAAUCUUGUAAACACAUUAAUACAAGAUAAAAAAUUAUUGAAUUGCGAAUGUUCCUAUAGACAACAAUCAUGUUUAUAUAUUCGACUUAUCACAAAAUACAUACUGCUUAGUGAUUCUGAAGACUCACAAAAUAUAAAAAUGAAGAGUUUAGAAUUAUUUUUGAAACGACUUGAAGAGUUUUGGAAUAUAUGCGAUGACAAUUCGAAAUGUUUAUUUUUGGAGACAUUUUUACAAUCGUUGAAAUACAACAAGGUAUUUUUUGAUAUCAAGUAUGUCUCUUGCAUGCCUGUUUUUGAAAGAAUUCUUACUUGGUUGCACAGUCUCUUUACUAUCGAUAAGUGGUUUGAUGUUUACGUCAAAUUACAUUUAACAAUGCUUUUUAUAAAGUAUCUCAAAUUUGUAUUAGUCAGAAAGCUGAAUACUUUACUAAAGAUCUUGAAAACCUUGACAAGGGUAUUGAAAUGUUCGGAAAUAUUUUCGGAAGAUUACUUGCGCGUGAUUAUGAAGAACUACAAUCAAGAUAUUUUCAAAGCAUAAAAGAAAUAUAUAGGGAACAGUUAAUGGAAUAUUUAAAAGAUUAUAUUGAUUAUACAUCAUUUGAUUACAGCAAAGAGAGGUUUGUUGUUACUAUUAUAAAAAGUAUUUUAAAUGAAAAAGAAGCUAAAGAAGCUCAUUUUUUGGCUUGUCAUUUGUUUGUACGGCAUGAAGGGAGAUAUUUUAAAUACGGUAUAGACUUUAGUGAUAUUAAGAAUAGUUUGAAUGAUAUCAAUAAUAACGAAAUACGCUUCUAUUUACAAUUUCAAUAUUAAAUGAAAUUUGGGCU